AUGCCGCGCUCCUUCCUGGUCAAGAAGGCGGCCAGCACCCGCGCCCCCAACUACGGGCAGCUGGAGACGCGGCGCCCAGAAUGCAAUGGGCUGUGCCCGACUUGGCGAGGGCUGGUGUUUCCCCUCCUCAUGCCCGAUGGUGUGGCUUGCCUGUCCCCCUGCGAGCCGGGCCGGCUCUGGGACCGCAGCUCCGGCCUCGCCUGCCCAUCCGUGCCUCUUCCGCAGAGCGGCCAGGCCAGAGGGGAAACUCCUGGCUCCAGCCCGCAGUCCACAGCAGCUGGAGAUGAUGGCGUGUCCGGAGGCCGACUCUCCGGGGCCCCCCUCCGUGACAACCUGAACAACCUCAAUCUGCCGUCUGCCUUCGGACUCCCCCCCAAGAGGACUCUCAAUCUGGGCAGCCCUGCAGAGGGAGAAGAGGAGAAAGUGCUGGGGGAGCCGGGCGGGGCUGCUACCCCCCCGGAGAGACUGGAGUGUCCGGACUGUGGCAAGGCCUACCACUCCUUCUCGGGCCUGGCCCGUCACCGGCAGCUGCGCUGCAAGCUGCAUUCGGUGGCCAGGAGGUCCUUCAACUGCAAGUACUGCGAGAAGGAGUACUCCAGCCUGGGGGCCCUCAAGAUGCACAUCCGCACGCACACGCUGCCCUGCAUUUGCAGGAUCUGCAGCAAGGCCUUCUCCAGGCCCUGGCUGCUGCAGGGGCACAUUCGGACUCACACAGGCGAGAAGCCCUACACCUGCUCCCACUGCAGCCGAGCUUUCGCGGACCGCUCCAACCUCCGCGCCCACCUGCAGACUCAUUCAGACGUCAAGAAGUACCAGUGUCACUCGUGCUCCAAGACCUUUUCCCGCAUGUCCCUGCUGCUGCGGCACGAGGAGGCGGGAUGCUGCCCUGCCACCUGACCCGGC